AUGUCUUUGAUGAGAUUAAAUGUAUGUGAUAGUAUCACAGGUAUAUGUUUCUUUGAGAAGAUUUGGAAAUGGAGUGGAACAUCUGUUGCCGAAGGUAUUUGUAAAUUGGUAUUGACAUUCCAUAAGUUAUCGAAUGAAAUAGGUGAUACAGGUGGUAAGUGUACUGAUUUCUUAGAGGUUAAAAGUGUAUUAUUUGAACAACCAACGACAUCACAGAAUCCAUUGAGUUUAUCUGGUCAUGGUAUAAGUACGGUUAGUGGUGGUGGUGGCGGUGGCGGUGGAGGUGGUGGCGGUAGCGGAAGUAGCAGUACAACUACGACAACGACCAACGUUAGACAUUCGCUACAUCAUCGAACACCAUCGACAACGGGAUCGUCAUCGACUGCCAAGCGUGUCAAAGUCGUCAAUACACCACCACCCAUCCGAUUGGCAUGCGAGAAGGAAGAGAAGAUCACAGUCUCGGUAUUCUACGAAUUGGCAGGCUUUGAAGAUGAAAUCAAAAAGUUUAUCUUGAAUAUAUUGAAUGAAUUUAACAACAAGUACGCUGCACAACUACCCGAACUACGUCCUAUCCUACAUGAAAUGAGUGAAUUUCCAGAGAAAUGUAAAACAAAACCAGAAGAGAUUAUGAUUAGAUUUAAAGAUUUCGAAAAGAUUGCAGAUGAUAUAAAGAUACAAUCAAAGCUUUCAUAA